ACACCACGAACAUGUGAAAAUUUUAUCAAAUUGUGCAAGAAGAACUACUACGACGGAACAAUUUUUCACAGAUCAAUUCGUAAUUUUGUGAUCCAAGGAGGUGAUCCGACUGGAACAGGAACCGGAGGAGAAUCUUACUGGGGAAAACCUUUCAAAGAUGAAUUUAAGCCCAAUUUGUCCCACACGGGACGUGGUGUUCUUAGUAUGGCCAAUUCGGGACCCAACACAAACAAAUCGCAGUUCUUCAUCACAUUCCGCUCUUGUGCGUAUCUGGACAAGAAGCAUACAGUUUUUGGAAGGGUGGUUGGUGGCUUUGAGACUCUGACUGCUAUGGAGAAUGUGGAAAGUGACCCAAAAACAGACCGUCCCAAGGAGGAGAUACGAAUUCAGGCAACAACUGUUUUUGUUGAUCCGUAUGAAGAGGCAGAUGCCCAGGUUGCUGCAGAAAGAGAGAAGGUCCAGCUAGAAGAAGAAGCAGCCAAAACAAAAGCUGAGGUGGUCCCACCAAAGAAAGAGGUCCAGACUCCUAAAACUUACCGGCAGGGAAUUGGAAAAUACAUUAACAUGGCUGCAGCGAAGCGCAGCGUGGAAGAUGAUGGGCCCUCAACCAGCACAGCUGUGAAGAAAGAGAGAAAGAGCACAGGCUUCGGGGACUUCAGCUCCUGGUAGCAGCGUGGGGAGCCUAGCACUGGAGCAGCACAGCACGGAAAAAAAGGCGGCCUCCCACGUGUCCUCGAAGAGCCCGAACGACAGUCUGUCCUGGGGAGGGAAGGCACCAGCCUGCCAUUCCACUGGGGAAGAAAACUGUCGCUUUGUUAAAGCGCAUUAAUGUGGCUUUGUUUUCUAGAGAGCUGCAUUCCCCCCCACUGCAUCUUCCUCGAAGGCCUUUUUGUUGUUGUUUUGCUAAGAGGGGAGCAGGCAGCCCAGCUUCGCUGGGGAUUAGCUCUGCUUGGCUGGCAGCAGACCAGGCAGAGCCCAGCCUUGCAGGACGCUACUUCAGUGAACAGCUACGUUGGUGAAAGAGCUCCUUUCACAGGUAAUCGUUUCCAGACAAGCCAAGUCUGCCAAAUGAAGGAGUGAGUUAACGUGGUAGGGAAGCGCCUGUGCUGCUGCAGUGCUUUGCGGAGGGAAGGAGAGGGCUGCAGCCUGCCCUGCCCUUCCCUUCCAGCUGCCUUUUGCGAGUUCCCAACAAGGACCGAUUCUGCCUCUUGCUCU